GAGCGUUCGUGUUUUCGGCCGAAAGCCCCUUCACCAUAUCGGUCUGGUUGCGGUGCGGUGAGCGUGUUUUUGUGCCUAGCAGCUCAGUUCGGUCCGGUCGCCGGCUCUCCGUCCUCCUCCGGCCGCUGUCGCUGUGCGUAAAGACGCGCAUGGAAGUCUCUUCUUCGGAUUCCGUGCGGAUUCUGCAGCCGCAAUCUGAGCUGUGCCCUCCGCUCCCCACGGCAUUCCCCGUCAUGACCUCCUACAACAACACGGCUCGGAUUCGGUGAAUGGGACUUAUCGCUGUUUUUAACCUCGUGGAGAUUUUACCGGCUGCUUUGGGCUGAUUAUUGAGUCGUUGACGCCGUUACGGCCUCACAAUGGGGGGAACAAAGAGUAAGACGAAAGACCCAGGCCAGAGAUCCUUGAGUCUGGAUGGCACCAUUGGUAUGGGCUCCUCCAGUGGACAUCAUUUCAGCUCUGGCCCUCAGACCCAGACGCCUAAUCGGAGCCCUGCGGUGGGAACCAGCGUGCAGAGCAACGCCUAUCACACCAACAAUGCAGAGCUGGCCCUUUUCGGAGGUGUGGAACACCCAGGGAGCAUCAUGUCCCCCCAAAGAGGAGGUGUCACUACAUUCGUGGCUUUAUAUGAUUAUGAAUCUCGAACGUCGGCAGAUCUCACAUUUAAGAAGGGUGAACGACUGCAGAUCCUCAAUAACACGAGAAAGUACAACUACAGGGAAGGAGACUGGUGGUUGGCUCGUUCUUUGACCACAGGAGAGAGCGGCUACAUCCCCAGCAAUUACGUUGCGCCCUCGGACUCCAUCCAAGCCGAAGAGUGGUUUUUCGGGAAGAUAACACGCCGCGACUCUGAGCGACUGAUUCUUAACCUCCAGAACAGGAGAGGCACUUUCCUUGUGAGAGAAAGUGAGACGACAAAAGGCGCUUACUGCCUGUCUGUCCUGGACUACGACAACAUGAAGGGGCUAAACGUCAAGCACUACAAGAUCAGGAAACUGGACAGCGGAGGCUUUUACAUCACGUCCCGCACUCAGUUCACCAGUCUGCAGCAGCUGGUCCUCCACUAUCGAACACACGCAGACGGAUUAUGUCAUGUCUUGACGGAUAUAUGUCCCAUGCUGAAGCCACAGACGCAGGGCCUAGCACGAGACGCCUGGGAAAUCCCCAGAGAGUCACUCCGGCUGGAUGUCAAGCUGGGCCAGGGCUGCUUUGGGGAAGUGUGGAUGGGUCACUACAGAGGAGGAGUGUUUCAGGGUACUUGGAAUGGGACGACGCGAGUAGCCAUCAAGACGCUGAAGCCUGGCACCAUGUCACCCGAGGCUUUCCUGGAAGAGGCCCAGGUCAUGAAAAAGCUUCGGCAUGAAAAACUGGUCCAGCUGUACGCCGUCGUCUCAGAGGAGCCCAUCUACAUUGUUACGGAAUAUAUGAGUCAAGGCAGCCUCCUGGACUAUUUAAAAGGAGACAAGGGGAAAUAUUUGCGACUUCCACAGCUGGUUGAUAUGGCAUCUCAGAUUGCUGCUGGCAUGGCUUAUGUGGAGAGGAUGAACUAUGUACACAGAGACCUGAGGGCAGCAAACAUCCUCGUCGGAGACAACCUGGUGUGCAAGGUGGCCGACUUUGGACUUGCGCGACUCAUUGAAGACAACGAGUACACAGCCAGACAGGGUGCCAAGUUUCCCAUUAAAUGGACGGCUCCUGAGGCUGCACUGUACGGCCGCUUCACCAUCAAGUCAGAUGUCUGGUCUUUCGGCAUAUUGCUGACCGAGCUGGCCACAAAAGGACGAGUUCCGUACCCAGGCAUGGUGAACAGGGAGGUGCUUGACCAGGUGGAGCGAGGCUAUCGCAUGCCGUGUCCAGCUGAUUGCCCCAGCUCCAUGCACGAUCUGAUGCUCAGCUGCUGGCGGAAGGAGCCCGAGGAGCGACCCACGUUUGAGUACCUGCAGGGCUUCCUGGAGGACUACUUCACCUCCACUGAACCCCAGUACCAGCCCGGGGAAAACCUCUAGGGCUUCCAGUGUGAAUGUGGGGACUCAGACGCGUUGGGUAUGUGCUCGUGUGCACAAGUUCAUGUGUAUAUUUUGGGGGAAAAAGGGGGUUAACAGAGAAACUCUUUCCGUUGUGUAUGAAUAGGAUACGUAUGCCUGCGUAAGUGCGAGAGAGAGAUGCAGAAAUAGUCCUCCAAAUCUUGAGUGAGUCUUUGGAAGGCUAGCCAAAGGGUGCAGACAAACCCCUCUGUCCAGUUUUCAGACUGUAUUUUUUUUUUCACCCAGCAGAGUACUGCCACGUGCCCAGAGGUGCCAAAGGAUUGAUCCAUUCGUCUGUCGUUUUCUUCACUUACUUUUUUCUCCAUCCAUUUUUUUCUUUCAUCCAAGUGUAAUUUCUGCACCACUAAUUGUUUGCCAGUGUGCUGAGAGAGAGUGCAUUGUUUGUUGUACUUUUUCCCCAUCAGAUGAAUUCUUUUGUGGUACUUUUAAAUCAAAGGGCUGCUACUGAUCACUUGUAAUUACGGCAUGGGCUAAUUUCAGUCUUCUUUUGACGUUUUAGGACGCAAACGCAAAGGGACAACAUUACUCCAGCCAUUUUAAAUUGAAAAAAAUUGUCUGAAAUCUUGUUUUCUAUUCAGUCGCUCACUAUGAAGAAUUUUAAAUCGCUAUACCAACCAUGACACUAAUGUAUAGAAGCCUAUUCCCACCAGAUAGAAAAAUCAUCUACAAUUUUCAGUUCUGUUUCUGGUACGAGUAUGUCACAAAUUUGACUUAGUAUCUCAAAUAUAAUGACUUGUUUUUAUUAAGCAGUUGACUUUCUUGAUACAUGACUUAUUUGUCAAAUUAUUUACCUACUUUACUGACCUAUUGACUUUCUGUGUCAUUAUAAUGACUAGUAUAUUGCAGUAAUGAUAAUCCUUAAAAAUAUAUACUUUAUUGAAAUUUUAUAACGCAUAAUUUCAACAGAUUAUAUCAAUAUAGUCAACAGCUCAAGAAAAUAAGUCAGUAUUGUGACAUACUAUUUGCUGGAAACUGAAAAAGAAAAAAAGAAGUGCAUGGGCUUCCAUAUUAAUGUCUCCCUGAGCUGCUAGAAACGCUUGGUCUUCUUGCUGCCCGUUUCAGUGGAGAACAUGAAACAAUACUAGGUUGCACUAAUUUAAUAAAGUACCAGACAUCGGUUAUGUAAGAAGACGCUUUGAGUUUUUUGAAUUUUCACUUAUAUCCAUAUGUAAUUGUAUGUAUAUUUAUUGUGAAAUUCUGAUAAUAUACAAGCUGGUAAAAACAAAACAAAAAAAAUGAACUUUGCAGCUUUGUGAUCAGCCCAUAACUGUAAAAGUUAGUUGUUUUGGUAUCGAGGUUUCUGAACAGUUUUGCGUUACUCCACAAACAAACUCUUCGCCUUAGAGCUCCUUUCACAGUUGCCUAACAUCCCAAAUUUAGUGCAGUAUCAUGUGUUUAAACAGUAGCGCUAUUGUGCCAGUCCAGGUUACUUAGUUACAGAACAUGGAUUAAAGACAAGUUUAUGUUUACAUAUAAACCAGAGAACUCCAGUCAGAGGAGAAUGGUGAGAUUUUAAAAAAGGUAAUUAAUACAAUUAUCCACUUUCAAUUAUAGGUGAUCAGCCAGGUCAUGUUUGUGUCCAAAUUUUGAUUCUUUAGUUUGGUGUCGAAGUUACGAGGCUAAUGUAGCUAAGAAACACUGGAAGUUGUUUUUGUGAAGAAAUACAUCCCAAAAACUUCUUUCCCACAUUAUCUAGCUCUUCAUUAAGUUUGGGCAGACUGUGUGCAAUAUGGUUUAUGCCCAAGUUUCACACAGUGUCCUACUGUGUCCUAAACCACAUUAACAAGUCUGUGCCACCUUAAUGAGCAGCUGAUUGCGGCUUGAGCGGGUUGAGAGACAUUUUGGAGAUGUAUUUACAGAAAAGAUUUGGGUGACUACUGAUUUCUAGUGUUUGUUAGCCAAAUCCAGUGUAAUGUGGUGCAAAGAAACAUAUCACAGUUAUGUGACAAAUUUUUCCUGUAACAGUAGAUUAUAUCUUAAAUUAUUAUAAUUACAUUUUCUUUUCUCAUUGGUCACCUUUAAAAGAGCUAAAUUAAUUAUACCGGAUGCCUUUAAAUACAUUUCCUGCAUACAUUUCCUCUAUAUAGAUUAUCUGUCCUGCAUCAGCUGACUGCAGCUUUGAUUGUGAACGUGAGCAGUGCAGUGCAAGUGCAGGAAGCUCCAUAAACUGUCAAAUCAUCUAAUCAUGCAAAUAUGAAACUCAGAGUAAAAUAAUCCCAUUACAGUUUGAGAGAAGUAAUUAGUAAUUUGUGAUGGAUUAUUUUUAAGUAAUAACGCCAACUGGUUAUAUCAGUCUUGCAGCUCUAAACCAAAUUUUUUAAUUUAGAGGCACAAUUUAGACACCAAACAUGUCUAUAUCUGGGCUAAGUGGAAAAUUGUGUAAAUUUGACUCAACAGUUAAUUAGCAGGUUCAGUUGGCAUUUUCCCGUCUUGUAUAUAAACCAUCUUGUUCUGCUCUGUGGCCAAUAAGCAGAAGAAAUUCAGUGCAUAGUAUGCUAUUUAACACAAUGCUUAAUAUGCCUUACAAUGAUUUUGUUUUUCCACACAUUAAAGUUCAGAAUGGCUUAAAACUUUUUUUUUAAAAGAAACGAUAGCUACUAAACUUGGUCAAGAGUGAAGAUUGUGCCUUUCUAAAAUGGUUUUGGCUUGCGUUUUUCCUCAUGGAAGCAAAGACGAAUGCAAGUGAAGCAGCAUCCUCAUUGGACCUUCACACUUAAGGUCAAUGUGUGGGAGAAGGUGCUUGGUUAAUAAUUCCUGUAUUUAGGCUUGUUUUGAAGAAAAAGAAGGGAAUCUGACCUUCCUAAUCAGGCCUUUAGCUACAAAUCUGUUACAAGCUCAAAUGAUCGUUGCUGUGCUCCAAUAUUGCCUGACAUAAAUAUCUUUGCAUUAACUUACAUUAAAAGUAAAGAACAAUUUUGCCUUCCCCUGUAAAGUUGGCAUUUUGGAGAUUCUUGUUUUGCGUUGGACAGCAACGAUAUUCAGAAAGUACAGAAGAACUGCAUCAGAAGAUUUGUGCUAAUUGUAAAGAGCUGAACUGCAUGGAUGUCUUAUCUAGAACAUCAUAUCUGCAAAUCAUGUAGAGUUUUGGCAGUUUAGAACUUUCGUAGGUGGUCUAAUGUCAAAGGGGCCUUAGAGACAGUCUUUUUAAACCAUGCAUGAGUCUGAGAAUCUUUUUAUUUAUUUUUUUUUAGGCCCAAAUGUUUUUAACUGUAUACAUCAGUGUGACUGUGGAUUUAAUGAUGAAAUUCCCCUGUAAAAGAUAUUAUUUAUUUAUUUACUUCUUUUGAUAGAUGUCAGUCAGAUUGAACCCUUUUGGACUUCAUCCCGACAGCCGAGUAAUCGAUGCUGCUGUUCAUGCCGUCCUUUAUUCCGUCUGCAUGUCUCAGUAAUAAAUGAUCAAACAGUAGCGCAUGCAUUAUUAAUUACCCUUAAAAACAACGAAAAACAACAAGGUUCUUCAGAUUGAUUGAGAUUGAUUUGAAAAAGGUUCUGUACAGAACCAUCUACAGCACAUUCUCCAUCAAUUUGAAGAACACUUUGACAAUACAAAGAACCAAUUAAUCAUGCAAAGGCUUCUUUGAGUGUUUAUGGUUCUAUACAGAAUCAUUUUCUUUACUAAAGAAACCUUGAAGAACCAUCAUUUUUCUUUGCUUGGAGAAAUGGCUUUUCAGAUUGAAGGAGAAUGUGUUGUAUAUGGUUCUAUAGAGCACCAAAAAGGGUCCUUCUGUUGGGACAAACUUAACCUUGUGCCACUAGCAGAACCCUUUUGGUGAGAGGUUCUGUGUAGAACUACAUACAACAUGUUCUCCAUCAAUUUAAAGAACCAUUUCACCAUGCAAAGAACUAUCCUAUUAUUUCUCAUGAAAGUGGUUCUUUGAGUGUUCAUGGUUCUUUAUAAAGAACCCUUGCAGAACCAUUGUUGUUAAGUUACGCUAGAUAAAAUGUUGCAGGAUUAGAAGUUAACCUGUCAUGUGCGCCAAGUACUCAUUUCACUCGACUGCUAAUUUGAAAGUCAAAGCGAGGCUGCAGUGAGAGCAUCCUAGAACCAGACUGUGAAAACAGAGAAUAAAUAUUUCUGUUUCAUUAUAAAGAUGGGUUUGGGCAGAAGUACUCAAGCACUGAGGUAUCCGUCAAACUUCGAUUCCGAAGAACUACUUCAGAAGAUCCGUGGGAACGUUCUGCCAUUUUGCAUGGACGUCUAUCUAGAACAUCACGCUGCAAGUCAUGUAGCGUUUUGCCAGUGUAGAACUUUCAUAGGUGGUCUAACGUCGAAGGGGCCUUAGAGAGUCUUUUUAAACCAUGCACGAGUCUGAGGGGUUUUUAUUUAUCUUUUCGCUUAUUUAUUUAUUUAUAUAUUUAUUGAGGCCCAAAUAUUUUUAACUGUACACGUCAGUGUAAUUGUGGAUGUAAUGAUGGAAUUCCCCUAUAAAAGAUAUUAUUUGUUUAUUUCCUUCUUUUUGAUAGUCAGAUUGAACCCUGAAAAGAUGAGUAAGAUAAACAAUUAAAAUAUGAAGAAAUAUUCAAAAUUCCGCACUAUUUCUGUCUCACUGCUCAAUGUCAGCAAAUUUGUGGCCUUUAAUAAUGAAAAAGUCUUUGUUUUUCCUUUUUAGUCGGAUCUCUUCCUGUGACGCUUGUGUUUAGACAAUCUCAAACUCGCAGAGUCCAUGCAGCUCCAGUGCACACUGUCAUUGAAGCAAAUGGAGGACACACCACCAAAUUUUAAAAUUCUGAAAUUCGUGUUGUUUUUCCAGUUUUAUGCUGGUAGUAUAAUUUGUAAUGAGCUAUUUUGAAUGCAAAUUAGAAGCAUUUUCACUGGUGGUCUCAGAAUUUUGAACCCCACUGUAGAGAUAAUAAUAAAAAUUAAAAAGAAUGCAGUAUAAAUUAUAUUCUCAACAAGGAAAUGUAGAGAGCUAAUUCUGGCUAAAUGAGCGUAUCUUGACUAAGCUGUACCCGAUUCUCCUCAGUCAGCUUCUUCAGAUGGGUAGAUGUUUCAGCACUGUUGUUGUUGUUGUUGUUGUUGUUGUUGUUGUUGUUGUUGUUGUUGAAUUAAAAGGCAGUUUUUCAUGAAAAGCUUUCCUUCAUUGUAUAAAAUCCAGCUGGGCUGUGGGUGUUUGUGUUUGUUAAAGGCUCUAUUUUUUGGACAGCUUGUCUAAACAGUGACAGCAGAAUAUGUGAACUGUGUGUUCGUGCAGGUCGCUUUGGAGUCGACUCCCGAUUCCCAAAUGCCUGGAAUCAAAGAAUCAAUUCUUUUUAGGAUCGACUCACCUCAUCCUCGCUUUGGGUUUCAAGAUAGCGGUCGAGUGAAAGUACCGCGUGAUGUCUUUUUUUUUGUUGUUAGUCGACUAAUGUAAAGUUUACCUUCUUACUGCUGAAGGACUUUUGGUUUCCACACUGUUUGAGUUGACGGUUAAACUACUGACUACCCUUGUGUGUGUAGGUUGAACUUAAUCAUGAAACGUGCUGCGUCUGUGCUGAAGAAGCCAUAUACACAUAACUGCUGUUUAAUUCUGUAAUAUAAUGUAAUUUUUGUUGUUCAGAAAUCUGAAGAUCAGUAAUCAAGCAGUUCAUUAUCUGCGAACAAUCAAGAUGAUUUGAUUAUGAGUAGAUGUUUUCAUCAUUUGACUGCAAAGUUUUUUGUUUCCUUUUCGUUUAUGUGUGGUGAGGAGGGGGACGGGUUCUUUUUCAAACGCAAAAAAAAAAGGGAAAAAAUAAACUAAAAUAUGGGUUUAUGGUGGAAGGUUUGUAAUAUUUCCAUUUUAAAGAUCUAGUUUUAGGACUGUGCAUGUUAUUGACAUUGUACUAAUGACUAAUGUACGGCUACUUUGUAAAUAUUAAUAUUAUUAUUAUUAUUAUUAUCCUUUAAUCUCAAUUGGUUUGAGUGAUGCAAUGUGAAAUCUGGGCAAGAGCAUCUUUACCUUAAAGACCUUUCUAAAACUUUUUUUUUGUUUGUUUGUUUGGCUGCUGUUUGCAUUUGUAUCCUUAAUCUUGGGUCAAACUCAACUGAGUUUUUGGGGGAUUUUUGGUUUGCUUAGCUGUUUACCUGUUUAUUUUACUGAGUGCACAUUCAUGUGACUUUUGGUAACAUUUAAAAUAGAAAGCCACAGAACAUUUUUAAUUUCUACAAAAUUCAGUGUUUGAGACGUAAACAGAGUGAUUCAGAGUGGCCUGGUUGGAAAUGGUUCAGAUGUCUUUACAGUGGUGGUCAUAGGAACCAGGGGUCACCAUGACUACAACACAGUAGUGAUAAAUGCAGGGAAAAUAAAUGAAUACAUUUAAUAAACAUUUUCUUGCACACUGUUUUGCCUUCCAGUGUCCUGUAUAACCAUUUCAUGGAAUAACUUUCUGUGAGGGACCUUUUGGAGGUGGACGUCUGGUUCCACUGUAAACAAUUCUGACACCAAACCACUCUGAAUGACUCUGUUUACAUCUCCAUCGUUGAAAUAAGCAGAAAUUUGGGGAAUUUGGUGGAAUUUCCAGAUAUACCAGUUCAGCAUGAAUCUGUCAUGCGUUUCUCCUGAUCAUAAUAAACAGACACAUUUAAGAAACCUAGAGCAAUAAUAACUAAUAACUCAGCUAUAGAUUUAACUCUAGACUAUAGAUAGAAGCGCUCAUGGUGCAUUUUAGCAGCUGAAUCCAACGUUAAUGAGGUUUGCUUUUCUGGAUGAAACUUCCUUUUUCUCAUCAUCAGUGCCAUAAACUUAUUUAUUUACAUGAUUUCUUUAUAUUUCUCAGGAAUCAUUAAUCUUAUGUAUUUCUGUAAGUCUCUUUGUUUGAACAUUAAUUCUUUGCAAUAUUCUAGUUUUGCAUGUUUAUAGCGGGAGGUGAGGCACCUUCUAUGAGGCGACAGUGCCUCGUCCCUCCCCGUGCAUCCAGUGACCGAGAAUGUUAAAUGUGCAAAGAUCCUUGAAUUGUGUGAAUCACCUCUUUGUUUAAGAUGCGAGAUGAGGUCCGGUUAGGUCGGGGCAGCGGAGUCUCUUCUAGGUACAUUUGCAUCAGAUAUUACUUCAUUUUCACCCCAGAGUGUCCGCUCUCUGGGUCACUCUGCUAUAUAGAUCUGUACAAAGCGUUUAGCUGUGCCAUUGUGUCCUUCAGUUACUUAAGACUACUUAAUAAGUUUGAUUUUCAGGUGUCAAAGUCAUAUUUGCAGAGACUGAGAGUGUUUCUCAAAGCCUAUGCAUAAACUGGCCUGCCAUGCCUGAAUAAUUUUCUAUUAGAACCCACUGUAAAGGCAAAUUUAAGCAAAUGAGAACAAAAACAAUUUUGUAAUUAGAAUCUUUUUGUUUGUUUUCAUUUCUUUCUUUCUUUUUUUUUUUGCUUGCAAACCAGUUUGUUCAGAAUGGGUCUUGUUCCAUUGUAUGUUGUCAUUAUCAGUGGAUGUGCAAUAAAUUAUAAUUCAAGGCUGUUUUGUAAUACA